CUAUGUCCCUCUGUGUCCCUCUGUGUCCCACUGUGUCCCACUGUGUCCCACGGUGUCAGGAGUCCUUCUUCUCAUUUGCACUCAAAGGCCUUAUUAGCCUGUCCACCGGCGUCCUGCUCGCGCUCAUCGUGAUGUACCACGCCCGCGAGGUCCAGCUCUUCAUGGUGGACAACGGGACGGACGACUGGAAGAUAGCCAUGACGUACGAGCGCAUCUUCUUCAUCGCCCUCGAGCUGCUCGUGUGCGCCGUCCACCCCAUCCCGGGCCGCUACGUCUUCACGUGGAGCGCGCGGCUCGCCUUCACCUACGCGCCCUCGCUGGUCGUGGCCGACGUGGACCUCGUCCUCUCCAUCCCCAUGUUCCUGCGUCUCUACCUGAUCGCCCGAGUCAUGCUGCUGCACAGCAAGCUGUUGACGGACGCUUCGUCGCGCAGCAUCGGGGCCCUCAACAAGAUCAGCUUCAACACGCGCUUCAUCAUGAAGACGCUCAUGACCAUCUGCCCGGGCACCGUGCUGCUCAUCUUCAGCGUGUCCUCGUGGAUCCUCGCGGCGUGGACCGUGCGUGUGUGCGAGAGGUAUCACGACAAAGAAGGGGUGACCAGCAACUUCCUGGGAGCCAUGUGGCUCAUCUCCAUAACCUUCCUGUCCAUCGGCUACGGAGACAUGGUGCCUCACACGUACUGCGGCAAGGGUGUGUGUCUCUUCACAGGGAUCAUGGGGGCCGGCUGCACCGCGCUCGUGGUCGCAGUGGUGGCGCGCAAGCUGGAGCUCACCAAGGCUGAGAAGCACGUGCACAACUUCAUGAUGGACACGCAGCUCUGCAAGCAGGUGAAGAACACGGCCGCCAACGUUCUCAGGGAAACGUGGCUCAUCUACAAGCACACCAAGCUGGUGAAGAAGGUGGACCGCACUCGCGUUCGCAAGCACCAGCGCAAGUUCUUUCAGGCCAUCCACCAACUGCGCAGCGUGAAGGUGGAGCAACGGAAGCUCAACGACCAGGCCAACACACUCGUGGACAUGGCCAAGACGCAAAGUGUGAUGUACGACCUGGUGUCGGAGCUGCAGGAGCGCGGUGAGCUGCUGGACCGGCACGUGGACACCAUCGAGGACAAGCUGGACGCCAUCAAGGGGAACCUGCAGGCGCUGCCGGGCCUCUUGCGCCGCGUCCUCGAGCAGCAGCGGCAGCGUGACCCCACGGAGACUGUCGCUCCGCACUUCCAGCCGGCCCACCGCCAGGACUUCUCCUCCUGCUCACCCAACGCCUCCUCUGACAGUGACUAGUCUCCAUCUAGCACCAACACAGUAUGAGACCUUCAGCAGGGGAUGUGGGGUGCACAGGGGAGCCUGAGCUGUGGGGACGCACGAAUGUCACCGUGUUUUACCACACUGUGGGCGGAAGUACCGCGCUCCUCCCGGAGAAGCCUAUGAUCUCGUCUUUCUGUGCAAAGCCAAAUAUUUUGUAGCUCUUCCUCCGCCUUGCAGUUACUCCUCUUCUGACA